CGUGACAAAAUCUUACCGUCAGACCUAAAUCAGAAGUAUUCGGUAUAGUUGGGACCGGCUUAAUAUUUUUUUUAAGCUGAAAAAUGACUAAACUUUUAACCGCAAAUUUUAAGUAUCCUUUAGGCAAUAUUCUCCGUAGAAAUUUCAAACUUUCAAGUGUUGAUACACAUCAGAAAUACCGCAUCGCCUUGGUCCAUCCGGAAUCUUACGAAACAGCUCUGGCUUUUAUGAAAAAUCACUUUUCUGACGAUCCACUCUCUGAGGCUAUGGGCGCGUCUAAGACAAAGGAUUUCGCCAAUUUGGUGGAAUAUAUGUGGUUUGAAGAUUUGAGAAAAGGCCUAUCACUGCAGGCUCUCUCCACGGAAACGAAUAAAAUGGUGGGCUUAGCAAUAAACGCAGUUUCGAACGAAACUGAAAAUCUCAAAAGAUUCAAGGAAUUCUCAGAAGUUUCUAAUUCCCAGCCAACAAAGAAUCUAAUAAAGGCUUGGGAGGAAUUAAUCCACCUUUCAGUCUUGAUGCCAUCCGUUCAAAGGCCCGAAACUGUAUUUGAAUUAAGUGGAGUUGCAGUAUCUAAUGAUCAUCGCGGUAUGGGUAUUGCCAAAAAGUUAUUGCUCCAGUUCCUUUUUAUGGCUAAGUGUCAUGGAUUCAAAAUAGCAAAGAUUGAUUGUACCAACGAAUUUUCUGCCUUAGCUGCAAAAUCUAUAGGAUUCCAGUGUAUUUAUGAAAAACCUUUCGAGCUUUUCAAGGGAGUGAAGAAAGUGAAGGAGCCACAUACACAUGUUCGGGUGUUAGUAAAACCACUGGACGGAUUUCUUUUCUGAGCCUAAAUUACUAUACUGUAACUAAAACUAAUAUUUUUUUUUUCAAAAAAUUUAUAAGCA